AUGCGUCCAUCCUCCUACCCGCUGGCCACUGGUUUGGACUUAUCUUCUCUCACAAACAUCACUCACACAUACAACUUGACUGACACAAAUUGCCAUGAUGGCCCUUCGUACCUCGUUUGUGCUGACACCGCGUCUAUCAAAGCUGAGGCUUGCAACGCCGUGGCUGAGCAAGCUGACAGCCAGACAGCACUCACCGCUUGUAAUUGUGUAUACUAUUCCGAGAUGAUGAAUUGCUACAUGGCAUCAUGUUGGAACAAGGUCUACGAAUGUGAAUACCAAGAAUAUGCCAUCCAGUAUAUCUCGGAGUGCGCACUCGACAUCCGAACAGCGGGUAUACCCUUUUUUCCUUUUCCAAGCGGUGCUCCCGACUCUUGCUCUUGCAACCUUGGCACUCUAUACAUGGCAAUCGACAAUAGCGAGGCAGAGGGCGCCGACUGCGCGACGGCUGUUAGCAGUGCGGCUCUCAGCGAUGCAGGCACUGAUCCUGUCACGACAGCGGAUGAAGAGGCAGCCUGCGCUUGCUGUGGUGAAAGUGGCGCUCUGUCGGCAUUCUACGACAUCUGUCCCGGCACAGACCCUGCCUUCAUUGGCAUCAACAACAUCUUCAUGUCUUUAGCCAGUUUUGACCAGCCCUGGUCCACCUGUGCGCCUUUUCUAAAUGCCUAUGCUUGUAAUACGGACCUGAACUUCACCAGCCCUGCGUACGGCACUUUCUACACGCCAGACAAUAUGCCUGAGAACGGCACCGCAUCACUUUCAAACAUUGCGGGAACGGUCUCGGCUCCACCGUCCGGGACGGUAUUCUCAUAUACGAACCAUUACUACUCUACUGUCUACACUAUCACGGCAGAUAUCGAGAACACGACUGUGGCAGUGACUGUGACUGGUACAACAGGUGCGGUUGGGACCCCGACCCAAAACGGCGCUGGGCCAUUCUCCACCAGCCAAAGUGCUGCCAGGGUAUUAAGUCCCAUGACGGGUUGGCGGCCAAGUGCUGCUUUCAUGUGCCUGAUGUUCAUCAUCUGA